AUGCAUAGCCAGAGCAGUGAGAGUAGUGUUGUGUUGCAGGGGCCCAGGUCCUGCCAGAAGGCAGUCCUGAGGGACCAGUAUGAGGUCCUGAGGGACAUUGGGUUUGGCGGGUUUGGCAAGAUCAAACUAGCCCGCCAUCGCCUGACUGGGGUAGAGGUGGCCAUCAAAGUCCUGCGGAAGAAAAGGCAGAACUUCCUGGUCCUCUCCGAACCAGAGAUGAUGAGGAGCCUGGAGCAUCCCAAUGUAAUCCAGUUAUUGCAGGUUGCUGAGACCCACAGAAAUAUCUACAUGGUGAUGGAACACGCAGGUGGGGGUCUGCUACUGGACCACGUGCCACAGGGUGGCAUGCAGGAGGAAGAGGCCCGCAGACUUUUCCAGCAGGUAGUGAGUGCCGUGAGCUACUGCCACGACAAGGGCAUCAUGCACCGAGACCUGAAGCCAGAGAACAUCAUGGUGGAUGCCAGAAGCCACGCCAGACUUAUCGACUUUGGCUUCAGUGCCAGGUUCACGCCUGGGCAGAGGCUGUGCCAGUUCUGGGGCACUCUCUCAUACUUUGCCCCCGAAAUUAUCCUGAGGCAAGAGUAUGAGGGCCCCCAAGUGGACAUCUGGAGCCUGGGUGUCAUUCUGCAUUUUAUGUUGACAGGGAGGUGCCCAUUUGGUGGCAACACCUCUAAGGAGAUGCUGAGUCAGAUCACACUGGCAACCUACCACGACCCUCCCUGUGUUUCCCUGGCAGCGCAAAUGCUCAUCCGCCAAAUGCUGACCCUGGACCCCCAGAAGCGGCCCACAGCCAAGCAGAUCCUUCAGCACCCAUGGCUGACACAGGGUAAGCAGGAUUUACCCCAUGAUUAUAGUAAGCCAAUCCCCAUACGCCCAGACCCUGAAAUACUGACCACCAUGUUUGAUAUGGGUUAUGAUCUGCGCAAGACCUGGGUGUCCCUGGCCAAGAGAAAGUUCAAUGCGGCCAUGGCUACCUACCUCCUGCUCCAGCACCAGAAAAGCCAGGAGGCAGGCUGCAUGUUCCAGGGGAAGCCUGUGCCUCCCAGGGUGAAGCCUCGCCCACAUCCUGUGGAUCUUUCCCAUUCCCCUGUGCUCCCAAAGAGGAGCCCCAGCGAGCCUGCCCUGAGCACCUUCCCCUUGCCCUGUGAGCCUCAGCUGCCUGAGGGCGCCAGACAGGCAGGGCAGAAGCACAUCAGGAGUGCCAGUGAGCCUGCUCUCCAUCUCCAUUUGCAGCCAGCAGGGGCCUCCAUACCUGAUGUAGGCCCUCAGCUGGACUCUGGGCAACCCCAGGCCCACAGAAGGCUCUUGAGGUGGGUUGACAGGAGGAUUGCUACCUGUGUCUGA